CCCGCUCAGGAGAUAAGACGUGUUUCCAUCUCAACUACUAUGGUUGAUCUGAGGACUGUACUUGGAUUGUGUCUGUUCGUGACUGGAGCCAUUAGCGAUGACUUAAGUCGUUGUCCGGGCGCAGCAAGUUCCACCUACUAUCGUUCAUUCCGGGAACGAUGUUACGAGUUUGCCAUCUUCAGAGAGACCUACUGGUUGGAUGCUCAGAAGGAAUGUCAGCACAAGGGCGGGCGUCUGGUUACCAUCAACGAUAUGGCCACCCAGCAGUUUCUUGCACAGACACUGAAGAGCAUGGACUUCCAAAAACACGGAAUAUGGAUCGGUUUGUCCGAUACAAACAUUGAAAAUAGUUACGAAUGGGUAUCAGGCGAGCCUACGCAUUUCACGUACUGGGCACCUGGUGAGCCCAGUCUGCUUCAUAGAAUAGAAGACUGUGUGCUGAUGAAGAGCACCAAGGACUUCCACUGGGAGGACCACGCUUGUCAUCUUUGGCCCCAACACUACAGCUACAUCUGUGAAUACGAUAUGGUUCCCUUGCCAACGACAACCAAGACGACCGUGACUACCUCGUUACCACAAUACACUCCCACCUCCAGUGCAUCACCUGUUUCAACGACACAAUCAGUUUCACAGGGUCCAGUUUCAACGGCACAACCGGUAUCACAGGGUCCAGUUUCAACGGCACAACCGGUGUCACAGGGUCCAGUUUCAACGGCACAAACGGUGUCACAGGGUCCAGUUUCAACGGCACAACCGGUGUCACAGGGUCCAGUUUCAACGGCACAACCGGUGUCACAGGGUCCAGUUUCAACGGCACAACCGGUGUCACAGGGUCCAGUUUCAACGGCACAACCGAUGUCACAGGGUCCAGUUUCAACGGCACAUCCGGUGUCACAGGGUCCAGUUUCAACGGCACAGCCUUCUUCUCAAGGCUUCGUUUCAGCGUCACAGUCAGUUUCACAGGGUCCAGUUUCAACGACACAGCCUACUUCACAAGGCUUCAUUUCAACGUCACAGCCAGUUUCACAGGGUCCAGUUUCCACGUCACAACCAGUUUCCCAAAGUAAAGUUUCAACGUCACAACCUACUUCUUCAAUCUCCGAUUCAACGUCGCAACAGGUUUCACAGAGUCCAGUUUUAACGGCACAACCGGUUUCCCAGGGUCCAGUUUCAACGUCACAACCAGUUUCACAGAAUCCGGUUUCAACGUCACAACCUACUUCUUCAAUCCCCGAUUCAACGUCGCAACAGGUUUCACAGAGCCCAGUGUCCACGGCACAAGCAGUUUCCCAGGGUCCAGUUUCAACGUCACAACGUGUUUCACAGGAUCCCAUUUCAACGUCACAUCCUAUUUCUCAAGGCCCCGUUUCGACGGAAAAAAAUGUUUCUCAAGGCAUUUAAACAAAUUAAAUGAAUAAAGAGCUCUCUUUACUGUAAUAUUUUUAUGAUUUUCAUAACUGUAAAUUAUAUUAUUACAUCAAAUCUGGAGCACAUGCUU